AUGGCUCUAACCUUUAUGUCCUUACAAGAAUUAAUCAAGGAGGAUUUCCUGACCUGUAAAAUCUGCUAUGAUCUCUACACAGUGCCGAAGAUCCUUCCAUGUCUGCACAGUUACUGCCAGCAUUGCCUGGAACCACUAGUGAGGGACGGAGCCCUCCAGUGUCCUGAGUGCCGGCUGCAAACAGAUGUCCUAGGAGGUGCCUCAAGUCUGAAAACCAACUUCUUCAUCAACAGCCUCCUGGAGUUAUUCCAGAUUAAACACAACAGGGACUUGGCCUGCACAGUCUGCUCAGAUGCCCAGAAGAUCUUGACUGCCACUGCCCGUUGUCUAGACUGCAAGGAUUUCUUGUGCCAGUCCUGCACUCAGGGCCAUUGCUGCUCCCGUCUCACUCUUCAUCACAAGGUGGUGAAGCUUGAGGAGUUUCUAGCUGGGGAAUAUGAUGCUGAGAUGAGGCUGCUUCAGGAGCUGUGCUGCCAGGACCACCAGCAGGAAGCUCUGCGAUUCUUCUGUGACACCUGCAGCGCUCCCAUCUGCAGGGACUGCCGUAUGCUAGACCAUUUUCAGCACAAGGUGGUCUCUAUGGCAAAUGCUGUGCAGCGGGAAAGGCCUUCUGUUGAGCAGCUAAUUGACAGCCUGGCAGGAACGAUAACAUGCAUCUCUGAGCAGGAAAAAGCUGUGGAGGAGACAGUAGAUAAGUUGAAAACAUCAGGAGAGAACAUAAAGGAGAGGAUCACCAGAUAUGUGGAUGACUUUAUCUACUAUCUCCAGGCCCAGAAGGAAGCCAUUCUGGGCGAGUUGUCUGCUUUUCUAACUCAGCAAAUGGAAAGUUGUCGCCUGGUGAAAGAGGAGCUCCAGAGCCAAAGAGAUAAAGCAAUCAGCACCAGGGAGUUCUCUCAAAGGGUCCUCUAUGUGGGAAAGGACUAUGAGAUCUUACACCUGGAGGGCAUGAUAAGGAAUCGGAUUCAGGAGCUCCAGACAUAUAUCCCACAGAAACUAGAGGGCCAAAUCCCUGAAUUGGCCAUAGCCUGGGAUCAGCCGGAAAUGCUGUCCGAGGCAGCACUCUUCAGUCUAGUGUUUCCCAGGGAACAGCCUGAAGGAGACAUGGAAACUGUUUUUGAGCCAGAUAGCGAGGCAUCUGCCUCCCGCAAUGAGGAGUCUGAGGAUGACCCAGUCUUGCCCGUGGACUCAGAAGAAGCCUCCUGUCCAAGCUCUGAAGAGAGUGCUCCUGACACUCUCAACAAGAACCCCUCUUGUUGCAGCAGACGCAGUAAAAGGCCUAAGCGUGUCUGCACUUUUGAAGUAGACCAGUGCUGCUCCCAAUUAAAGCCCAAUGUCACAGGGAUUGCUGUUCUGCCUCACGCUGGUGGCAUUCUCCUGUUGGAUCAGGAGAACGAUGAGAUAAAGCAGUACAGCGCUGGUGGGCACUUUCAGCAAUCAAUACCUCUGCCAGAUUCAGACGGUGUCUUCUGUGGCAUUUCACUCUGUGGAGAUGUCCUAGCUUGCUCUUCAGGUUACUUUCUCUUCUUCCUGACCCUUGAGGGCAAGUUUCUGCACAAGUUGCUGCUAAGAGGAUCCGAGUCUUCCUAUGCUAUCACCUCCUAUGAGGACUCCUAUAUUGCCGUGAGUGAGGGCACACUCUGCUCCAUCUCCCUUUACAGCCCUUCAGGACACUGCGUGGGCAGGGUGGUACCCACAGGUUACCAUGGGGGGAAGUUCCUUUUCAUUGCCGUCAAUUACUGGGAGGAAUUCAUUGUCUCAGACUUCAUCAAGAAGCAGAUUGUCAUCAUUGGGAAGUCUGGGCUGAUCCUCAACGUGCUGAAAACCUCACACUCGCUGCUGACAAAGCCGUUCAGUGUAUGCGUGGACAUGUCCAGUAACAUUUUUGUGGUCGAUCAGUUGAAGGUGAUUAAAUUUUCCCCAGAUGGUGAGACGGGGGAGGUAGUGUUGAGCAACCAAAGUCGGCAGAAGAGACCCCGUGUCCUUGCUGUGGACGACGACGGGCGCCUUGUCCUGGUGCAAGAGGAUGGUUACGUUCACAUUUAUUGCUUCUAGUGUACACCCUAGGAGAAUGUGGUCUGAGUGCCCCCAAAGUAGCUGGUUCUGUAACCUCAGGUCCCAAAACCUUGUGUUAAUAGUGUGCCAGAGUAAUCCCACUAGUACUGUCACCUCCAGAUGUGUUACAGAGCUUUAGCCCUGACUCUGGGUGUCAGUGGAACAGACAUGUCUGGGCAGGAAUCUUUGUGCUCCAAGGGUUUUGAAAAUGAUCAGAGCCCAGGGGAGCUGGAGGUAGAAAUAACUUUUCACUAACUGAGAUGAGAUCCAUAUUGCCAAAACUUUCUACUCUCUCCCAGCUCACCUGAUAGUUUAUGGGGGGGGACACUGCAAUGUUAUAGUCAGUGCUAUCAGUACCUGAGGUGAACAGCUGGAGAGCUGGGAAUAAUGGCCGGCUCUAAGGAAAUGGCAGAAGGGAAAUGCCUUUGCUUAAUGUGCAUUUGGUAGUUGGCAUUGAUGGAUGACAGGUGCCUUUGAACUGUUUCACUUUAAAGUAACAUCUCUUCCCCUGCCUGCCUUACCUCUGCAUCAGCGCUGUGAGCUGGUAGAACUCCGACUUCCACUUCCACUGUUCUGGAGUGUGUCCCAGAUUAAGGGAAUGUUCAGAAAAAUGACCUACUUCUAUCUCUCAGCAUCCCCUUUGCCAUCUUAACCCAACCAGGCACUGAAUUCCUUCCCCCCCUCUUCCCCCCACAUACAAGUCAGAGUCCUCCUUGAGCAGGAUGACCAAACAUCACAAAGGAACCUGACACCUGCCAGAGGCUGUGGGAAUCUCUGGUCUCAGCAUUGGAAGUAUCCAGGGAACCUGACCAGCCCCACAAGUGUGAAAAGAUCAUUGAUGAAAAUGUUAAAUAAUGUCAGGCCUAGAAGUGAUAUCUGCAGGACACCACUGAAGAUUUACCUCAAACCUCCCCCCCCACCUCCCGUUCAAUCAUGAUUCCUCAGUGACAAUUACAUUUAGAUAUCUGUCAGUCAGC